AUAAAUCACCAAAAUACACACACACACACACAGACACAGACACAGGUAUUGUGGCUACAGUCCUGUUGAACCUGUGACGCUUUACUCCACUAGAGGGAGUAAGUUUGUUUUUAUAUUAGUGGAGUUACAAAACAAGACACACCUUAACCAGGUAGAAACGAAAGUAAAAGAAGAGGAAGAAGAGACGCCAUUCCGAGGCUUUAAACAUGUUAACAUUGGGUGAUUAAACAGCCACAUAUUUAGAGCCCUUGCCUUGCCCUGCCCAAUCCAGUUGGUCAUGUUUCCGCCACGGGGUAGUUUUGUUUAAUAAAAAGCCCAUCUCUGCAUUCUUGUGUCCUCAUCUCAUCCCUUCGCCCACACCCUGACAGUAGAAGAACACUAAAAUGAGUUUACCCUCUGGAUCCAGUGAUGGAACAGUGACCUCUGACCCCAGUAUCAGCAGUAGGAAGAGUCAGAGAUCAGAGUCUCCAGAUCCCAGCUGUGUUUCUCUGAAGAGUAACAGAUCCAUGACGCCACCCCCUGCAUUCAGUGAUGAACCAGUGACCUCUGACCCUUUGCAGGACAAAACUGCAGCUGCCCUGCAGACACACACACUGGAGACUGAAGACUUGCAGAGAGUCAAAGACCAGCACAAAACCAGCAUGAAGAACAAGUAUGAGAGAUUAUUUGAGGGAAACAAACUCCAAGAGAAUGAAACCCUCCUGAACAGGAUCUACACACAGCUCUACAUCAUAGAGGGAGAGAGAGAAGGAGUGAAUGAAGAACAUGAGGUUUUACAGAUGGAGAAAACAGCCAGAACACAACACUCACAAGACACUCCAAUCUACUGCAAUGACAUCUUUAAAGCCUCACCUGAACCAGGAUGUGAGGAGAAAGACCAAAUCAAGACUGUUCUUACUAAAGGCAUUGCUGGAAUUGGAAAAACCGUCUCUGUGCAGAAGUUCAUUCUGGACUGGGCCGAGGGAAAAGCCAAUCAGGAUAUAGAAUUCAUGUUUGUGCUUCCAUUUCGAGAGCUGAACUUGAUCCGAGAUCGUCAGUACAGUCUUCACAGACUUCUGCUGGACUUUCAUCCUGAACUUCAAGAUCUGGCCUCAAAGAUUUAUGAGGAGUGUAAAGUUGUGUUCAUCUUUGAUGGUCUGGAUGAAAGCAGAAUCACACUGAUGUCUUCAGACACUCAGAAAGUUUCUGAUGUGACUGAGACUUCAUCUGUGGGUGUGUUGAUGUCAAACCUUAUGAAAGGAGAGCUGCUUCCCUCUGCUCUCAUCUGGAUCACCUCCAGACCUGCAGCAGCCAAUCAGAUCCCCUCCAAAUACAUCAAUCGUCUGACAGAAAUUCAGGGGUUCAAUGAGCCUCAGAAAGAAGAGUAUUUCAGGAAGAGAAUCAGUGACGAGCAUCAAGCCAGCAGAAUCAUCUCGCACAUCAAAAGAGCAAGAAGCCUCCACAUCAUGUGCCACAUACCUGUUUUCUGCUGGAUCUCAUCCACUGUGCUUCAGAAGCUCCUGAAAGAAGAUCUGAGUGCAGAAAUACCUCAAACUCUGACUGAAAUGUACAGCCACUUCCUGCUGAUUCAGAUCAACAUGAGGAAUCAGAAGUAUGAAGAGAGAGAUCCAGAGAAACUCCUGCAGUCCAACAGAGAAGUAAUUGUGAAACUUGCUGAAGUGGCUUUCAAACAGCUGAUGAAGGGCAAUGUGAUGUUCUAUGAAGAGGACCUGAGAGAGAGCGGCAUAGAUGUCACUGACGCCUCAGUGUAUUCUGGGAUUUGCACUGAGAUCUUUAAGGAGGAAUCUGUGAUUCAUCAGAAGAAAGUCUACAGCUUCAUUCAUCUGAGUGUCCAGGAAUUUCUUGCUGCUCUCUAUGUGUUUUAUUUAUAUGUAGUCAAGAACAAGAAGCCAUUGCAGGUUUUUCUGAGGAAAAAACAUAUGGGAAAACAGCCCAAGGAAUACUGUGUGAAUCUGUGUGAGCUUUUGAGAACAGCAGUAGACAAAGCCCUUGAGAGUGAGAAUGGACAUCUGGAUCUGUUCCUGCGGUUCCUGUUGGGUGUCUCACUGGAGUCCAAUCAGAGGCUUUUACAGGAUAUACUGACACACACAGAAAACAACUCCAAGAGCAUCAGUCAAACCAUUACUUAUAUUAAAGACAAAAUUAAAGACAUGAGAACUGUUCCAUACAAUCUUUCCACUGAAAGAUCCAUCAAUCUGUUCCUCUGUCUGCUGGAAAUGAAAGAUCAGUCACUGACCAGAGAGAUUCAGGAGCUUGUGAAAUCAGAGAAACACUCAAAAACUGAUGUCUCUCCUGCCCACUGCUCAACAGUCGCCUACAUGCUUCAGAUGUCAGAGGAGGUGCUGGAUGAGCUGGACCUCAAGAAAUACAACACAUCAGAUGUGGGUCGAAGAAGACUGAUACCAGCUGUGAUCAACUGCAGGAAAGCUGUUCUUGCUGGCUGUAAUCUCACUGGUCAAGAUUGUGAAAUUAUAUCCUCAGCUCUCCAAUCCUCAAACUCGGUCCUGAGAGAGCUGGACCUGAGUAACAAUGACCUGCAGGAUUCUGGUAUAAAGCUUCUUUCUGACGCACUGAAGAGUCAAAACUGUCAGCUGAAGAUACUUAGAUUGAUGUUGUGCAAUCUCACUGUUCAGAGCUGUAAAUGCUUGUCAUUAGCUCUGCAAUCCUCAAACUCUGUCCUGAGAGAGCUGGAUCUGAGUAACAAUGACCUGCGGGAUUUAGGAGUGAAGCUGCUUUCUGAUGGACUGAUGAAAGCAGCAAACUCUCAGCUGGAGAUACUGAGGUUGGCUAUGUGUAAUCUCACUGGUCAGUCCUGUGAAACUGUGUCAUCAGCUCUACAAUCCUCAAACUGUGUCCUGAGAGAGCUAAACCUGAGUAACAAUGACCUGCGGGAUUCAGGAGUGAAGCUACUCUCUGUUGGACUGAAGAGUCCAAACUCUCAGCUGCAGAUACUGAGCUUGUCAGGCUGUUUGGUGACAGAGGAAGGCUGUGGUUAUGUGUCUUCAGCUCUGAGUUCAAACCCCUCACACCUGAGAGAGGUGGAUCUGAGCUACAAUCACCCAGGACAAUCAGGAGUCCAGCUGCUAAAUGACAAACUGACAGAUCCAAACUGCUCUCUGCAGAGACUCAAUUUGAAGUGUGGUGGAGAGACCAGGAUAAGAGCAGGACUGGAAAAAUAUGCCUGUGAUCUCACACUGGAUCCAAACACCGCAAACAUUCAUCUCAUGCUGUCUGAGCACAACAGAAAGGCAACGCAUGUGGAAAAGAAACAGUCAUACACUGAUUAUCCGUGCAGAUUUGAGCACUAUCCUCAGGUUUUGUGUAAAGAGAGUCUUACUGGACGCUGUUACUGGGAGGCAGAAUGGAGCGGGGGGGAGGCUGAUAUAUCAGUCGCAUAUAAAGGAAUCAGCAGGAAAGGAAGGAGAAAUGAAUGUGUUUUUGGUUACAAUGAAAUGUCCUGGAGGUUGGAGUGCACUGAUGAUCAAUUCAUAUUCUGGCACAAGUUCAAGAGCACCAUCUUACGUGUCCCUUCACCCUUAUAUAAGAGAGUAGGUGUCUAUCUGGAUGUGUCAGCUGGCACUCUGUCCUUCUACAGCGUUUCUGACACACACACACUCACACACUUACACACAUUCAACACCACAUUCACUGAACCCCUCUAUGCUGGAUUUAGCCUGUGUAAAUGCUCAGUGUCUCUGUGUCAGAUUAAAUAGCCUCUAAUGAGGAACAUGUUUGCCACAAAUACAGAUUAGGUGGAAAUAGGGCUGCAUAAUUAAUAUAUAUAUAUUUUUGUUUUAUAUAUUUUGUUAAUGUUAAUUCUUCAGACGAAAAUGCUUAUUAGUCUUAGUCACAACUGAGUCAUUUUUGUCUUUCAUAGUUUUAGUUUAGUUUUAGUCAAUGAAAAGCAUUUUUCGCAUCGCAUUUUUGUCAACUUUUAGUCAUUACUUUGUCAAACUGCAGUUACCAAUAUUAAUUUUGGUAGCUAUUUUAUAUGUAGUCUUUAGACAAAAGUCAUUAUAAUUUUUCUCUUUAGACCAAUUCAAUUAAGCUUAUGAAAAAUUUGAAUCAAGGUAACCCCUUGUGAAAAAAAAAAGUGCACUUUAGUAUAAUUUUAUAAAGUGUACUUAUUGCACAAAUAAUAUACUUUAAAAGAACACACUUAAGUGUGAAUCAAACGUAAUGUUUUCAUCGCUUAAGUGCAUUCUAUUUGUAAUUAAUUUCAAAUAUAUCACAGAUUAAGUUCAUAUUAAAUGCAAUAAGUUGAACUUUUGAGUGAUUUUUUUUUUUUUUUGAACCACUUAAGUGGGACUUUAAUACAACUUUAUGAUAACCUUCGUAAUUGCUUCUAGUAUCUUUAAAAUAUAGUUGAAGUGUACUGCUCAAUGUACUGACAAGCAAAUAAUGUGAACUAAAAUAUAUUUUAAUAUCAGUUAUCAAUACACUUAAGUGUAAAUUAAAUGUAAUGUUUUCACCGCUUAAGUGCAUUCUAUUAAUUUCAAAUGUAUCACAGAUUAAGUUCAUAUUAAAUGCAAUAAGUUGAACUUGAUUUUUUUUUUUUUUUUUUUUUUUUGAACCACUUAAGUGGGACUUAAAUACAAUUUUUUUUUUUUUUUUAAGUUCUUUGAAAUAUGGUAAAAGUGUACUUCCGAAUGUACUGACAAGCAAUUAAUGUUAACUAAAAUAUACUUUAAUGUCAUUUACAUGUACACUAUUAUAUAAUUUAAUACAUUUGUAAUUACAUUUACAUACAUUUUUAAUUUAAUACAUUUGUUAUUACAUUAUUUGUAAUUACAUAUAAUAAUGAAGUUACAAUUUAGUAUUUCAAAAUAUUACAAUAAACACAAAUGCAAAUUGAAACCCUCUACAUUCAUUGACAAAACAAUCUCUAAAACAAAUACACAAAAACCUUUUUGUUGAUGCACAAGAAAAACCCAAGACACUAUACACAAUCACAAACAAUUACAACACUUUAACUCUCAUUUAGAAAGAGUCUGGAGGACAGUGAGGCUUAUAUAUCAUUUUCUCCCUCACAUACAAAGGUACCUAAACCUACCCAUCACAAUACUUUCUGCAUUUUUACAUUUUCAGAAAAAAUCAUUCUGUAUGAUCUAUAAGAUGAUAAAUAAAACAACACCCAUGACUUAAUACAAACAAAAUGUAAAGAAAAGAAAAUAUUCAAAACUUUGGGCAACACUUUACAAUAACUUUUUAUUAGUUAACUACUUUAGUUAACAUGAACUAUGAAUGAAAAAUACUUUAGCAUUUAUAAAUCCUAGUUAAUGUUAAUUUUAACAUUUACUUAUGCAUUAUUAAAAUCAAAAGUUGCAUAUGUUAAUAGAUAAUGCACUGUAAACUAACAUGAACAAUGACUAUACAUUUUAUUAACUAACUUGAAAAAACUAUAUUUUUAUUACCUAAUGUUAACAAAGAUUAAUAAAUACUGUAAAAAAGUUAAUGCACAUAGUUAGAUCAUGUUGUCUAAUAUAUUAAUUGAUGUUAACAAAUGAGACCUUAUUGUAAAGUGUUACCGAACCUUGUUACUUAUAAGCUCUGAAACCUUUACUAGCACAAACAUUAAACAGGACCAAAAGGUUUCUUCUAAAAUCUUACUCCAGCAUUACAGUGAAAUUUUGAAAAGAAAAAACAAAGCAAAACAAAAACAAGAACACCAAAAUUGUCGGUCACCAACUUUUUUUGAAGUUGUAGGAAAAAGUGCUGUUUACGUCAAUGUCCCAGAAGAUCUCCAUCGGCAGAAAACCUCAAAUGUCCAUGAAGCUGCGCACCAUCUCUACACAGUAUGUGUAAAUGGACAUGGAGGCAGGAAAGUAAAAAAAAUA